AUGUCGGGUACAAUUCGAAAUCGAACCAUGGGUCGAGGGCAGCUUCCGUUCGAUGGGGCUCCCUCCGGUAUACCUCGCAAGGUUGACCACCAAAGCUCGCAGAGCAUGCCAUCGGACGUUGGAAGUUCCACAUUGAGUGUCAGCAGACAAAAGCAAACAAAGCGAGAUGAGGCAAUUAGGAAAAAGAUGGAAGCAGACCUUAACAAGAAACGAUACAAUCCGGCGAGGGCCCGAUCCACCCGCAAAGCCCCCCCCGGCACCGUCCUUUCCCUCAAACCUAGCCAGGCACUUCAGAUUAAGCCAAGUACCACAGUAGCGGAAGCUGCACAACUGAUGGCAGCGAAGCGAGAGGAUUGUGUGUUAGUGACAGACGACGAUGAGCGCAUCGCUGGUAUCUUCACGGCUAAGGAUCUGGCAUUCCGCGUUGUUGGGGCAGGCAUCAGGGCGAGAGAUAUCACCAUUGCAGAGAUCAUGACGAAAAAUCCGCUGUGUGCCCGGACUGAUACUAGUGCAACUGACGCGUUGGAUCUGAUGGUCCGAAAGGGUUUCCGCCAUUUACCAGUUAUGGAUGAAAAUCAAGACAUCUCGGGUAUCUUGGACAUUACCAAGUGCUUCUACGAUGCGAUGGAGAAACUUGAACGGGCGUAUAGCUCAUCUCGCAAGUUGUAUGAUGCCUUGGAAGGUGUUCAAUCUGAACUGGGCGCCUCCCAGCCUCAGCAGAUUAUACAAUAUGUAGAAGCGUUGCGGCAGAAGAUGUCCGGGCCCACACUUGAGUCCGUUUUGAAUGGUCUACCGCCAAUCACUGUGUCUGUACGGACGUCAGUGAAAGAAGCGGCAGCACUGAUGAAAGAGCAUCAUACCACAGCUCUUUUAGUGCAAGACCAAGGCUCCAUCACUGGUAUCUUCACAAGUAAGGAUGUUGUAUUGCGAGUUAUUGCCCCAGGAUUGGAUCCAGCUACCUGCAGUGUUGUGAGGGUUAUGACACCUCAUCCUGAUUUCGCCCCGACUGAUAUGAGUAUUCAAGCUGCUCUUCGAAAAAUGCAUGAUGGACAUUAUCUAAAUCUCCCUGUGAUGAAUGAAUCUGGCGAGAUUGUCGGUAUGGUUGACGUGCUCAAGUUGACAUACGCGACAUUAGAGCAGAUCAAUACUAUACAAACGAAUGAGAAUGAAGGGCCGGCUUGGAACAAGUUCUGGCUUUCGAUGGACCAUGAAUCUGAUUCUAUGGUCUCUGGGGGAGGCCAUAGCCAAAACCCCCGUCGAUCUAUUCUUAGUCCAGAUCCAAGGGAGCGUGGAGAUAGCGUUCUUCCGAAUGAAUCGGCCUCGCAUCACGGGGAAGAUGCUCAGUCGGAAUUGAUGGACACGCGGCAACUUGCUAACGACGAUGCUCCAUUCCCGUUCAAGUUCAAAGCUCCCGGUGGCCGUGUCCAUCGACUACAAGUCAUUCCCUCGGCCGGUGUCGCAGAUCUUGUUGCUAAUGUUUCGAGUAAACUUGGAUCUGAAGUCGAAGCUGUUGGCGGUGAGGCCGUAGUUGAGAACGGCAAACUAAGCAACAGCGGGUAUGCACUGAGCUAUCUGGACAAUGAAGGUGAUACUGUCUCCAUUACCACGGACCAAGAUCUUUUGGAUGCCAUCGUACAGGCUAGAAAAGUCGGCCGAGAUAAGGUUGAUCUUUUUGUCCACGACCCCGAGAAGCCCCCAUUGGUCGUUCAAGAUCCGCAGCCCGCCGUCACAAAACCUCCGACUCCGCCAGAGCCAGUUUUGAGAUCGCCUGUAUCAGAGGAGGACCAACAAAGCCCGGCAGACCGAGCAAGUCCCCAAAAGGGCCUGGCUCAAAUCCUCACACAGCCGUCCACAGAUCAACAACUGAUAACGGGUGUGCCCAACGAGUUGAUUUUACCUGGUGCCAUUGUUACUCUGGCUGCUGUUAUUCUGGGUGUAUUUGUGCUAAGUCGGGCUGGAGGAAAGAGAUGA